GGGAUAUAAUUGUCUGUGAUAGUCGGUUGUAAGAGCUCUGUAGAGCUAAUAUUAUUUGUUUAUAUUGUGUACAAUGCCGAGUCUAAAUAAGAUUUACUAAUAAGUAAUGCUAUGCAUAACACGUUGUGACGCGUAUGGCCAGCCGUAGGUAAAUAAAAUUGAUCAUUCCUGAUGAUUUAUAACACGCCGAACCCUUUAAUUUGUUAGUAAUGUCGUCGGACAUCUCCCCAGCGGCUGUCCUAGGUACGUUAGCGGCGGGGGCUCUCAUCAAGCACCUUGGUGCUGCCUACACGGCCAAGAAAGACUUUGUGUACGUAGGCAAGGUGUCCGAACUUUAUGUAUGGCCGGUGAAAUCCUGUGGAGGACUUAAGGUCCAGAGUGGCCAAUGCGAGAGUACGGGACUAUUCCACGGCGGAGUUGGGGAUAGAACAUGGGUUAUCGUGUCACAAGAUGGCGGGUACGUCACUCAACGACAGGAACCAAAGAUGGCGCUCAUCAAACUCCAUCUCCAAGGCAACACGCUGAGCUUGGAUGCCCCAGGAAUGCCAACACUGCAGUUGUCCACUGAGCCACAGACAGACAGAUCACAAGUCCACAACGUCAAAAUUAAAGUGGACACCACGGAGUUUUUGGACUGCGGAGAAAAGGCCGCCGCAUGGAUCAACAAGUACCUCGGAUGCCAGGGGUUAAAGGUCGGCUUCUCCUCUCCAGACAUUCACAAAAGGGACGCAACCACGGCCCAGAAACUGUGGGAACACAACGCUCAAAAAGGCGAUAUGCUUGCUUUCUCGGACUACUCAAGUUAUAUGUUGAUGUCUUCCAAGUCCAUGGACGUCCUCAAUAGCAAGCUCGAGAAACCAGUAUACAUCCUCAACUUCCGGCCAAAUAUCGUCGUGGAUGGUUGCGAGGCGUUCGAUGAGGAAAAAUGGAGUGAAGUGAAGAUUAGGAACGUAAAAUUCAGGAAUAUUGACGACUGCACCAGAUGCCUCCUAACGACUGUAGAUCCUUACACAGGAGAAAAAUCAAAGGAUAAUGAACCCAUAAAGACAUUAAGAACGUUUCGAUGUCGAUCUCGCUACGGUCCCAAGCCUGUGAUGGGGAUCUGUCUAGCUCCCGAUUCUCUGGGUGGCGUAAGUGUUGGAGAUGAGGUUUACAUCAAAUACAAGUGACCGACAACUCCCAGAUCCAGCGACUCCGUACUUAAUAUACAGCUGUGCUGUCUUGGCAUAAUUUUGUAUGUUUAUAGAGAAUUAAAGUAUAUUACUUUAGUGGUAUAAAAUUCUC